AUGCAUGAUUUGCGCAAGAAGAUUUUUGAGAGCGGCAAGACUGUCUCUAGAAAGGCGCGCUCGCGACAACAAUCAGCACAGGCUUCGCCAGCUAGUUCGCGCGCUGCCUCACGAGCUGCGAGUCGUCAUGCGUCAGAGGAGGAAGAUUCAAGCGAUAAUGAAUAUAAUGAGAGCCUAGCUAGUUCUAUUAUAAACUCGGAGGAUGGCGAGGAAUUGGGCUCGACGCCGCCGGGGGAAAUCUUACACAAUCGCAUCGUGGAUUUGCUAGAUCAGAAGCGUGACGGUGGCCAAGAUCGAGAGGAAAAGUUAACUGCAUAUACCGAACUAAUUCGACAUCAUCCCAGUACCGAGGAAAUCGAUGCGCAGAUGAAUGAGCUUAUUCCUAUGUUAUUAAAGACUAUACGUGGCCGCAGAACUCCCCAUGGAGUGUUGUGGGCACUAAGAGCUCUUAUGAUAACCAUCCUUACGACUGGGGACGAAAGCAUUCAUGAUCGUGUCUUCCCAACGUUGAAGAGUGUCUCUCAGGAUACAAAUUAUGACGACGAUGAUGAGUUGAUUAAAGUAGCUGCUAUUAAGGCAAUGGGCAUCUCUACAAUGUGCGGCGGAGGAUCAGUAACUGCUGCCGAAGAACUUUUAGAGUUUCUUAUUGAGAUUAUUGAAAGUGAUGGUCACAUUGUGGAAGCUGGUGAUAAUGGACCAGUUGUUGCCGCAGCACUGAAUACGUGGGGAUUUGUUGCCAGCGGCCUUGACGAUCUCGAAGAGCAAAGUAUGCAGGCUCUAGAAGCCUUUACAGAACAGCUCGAGAGCAGCGACGUAGAUGUUCAAGUCGCUGCUGGGUCGAAUAUUGCUUUUCUUAUGGAGGCUGCGCGUGAAUAUGAGGAAGAGAGCGGCGAGACCUGGAACUUGCGCUUUGAUCAGGAUGGACUCCUUCGGCGAUUGAAUGCUCUCACUCGAGAGUCCUCCAAGGCUAUAUCUAAGAGGGAUAGAAGACAGCUUCACAACAGUUUUAACAGUAUCGUGACCUCCCUUGAGCACGGCAAGGGCCCGGGAUACUCGACUGCGCGUCGCUUUGCAAGCAACCCUCACACGGGAGGUAACCGGGCAGACUUCAAUGACGACUAUCGGGAGUACGGUUAUCGGCAAAAAUUCCGAAUCCAGAACAUCACCAUCACCAUCGAUAGUUGGUCUUUGUCGGCUCGGUUAGAAAUGCUCAAGUCAGUUCUUGGGGGUGGUCUCGCCAGCCAUUACCUGAAUAACUCGGUGGUAAGAGAUUUGCUGAGCGGCGCUAAGACUGAGUACCUGUCAUCACCACCAAAGGACAGGAUAUCUCCGUCAAAAUCAGCAUUGAAGUUAGGCCACGGGAAGAAAGCCGCGAAGAAUGUUUCUGAUUAA